GCGGCGGGCGCCUGCCCCCAGCAUGGCCUGGCGAGGCUGGCCUGCGCAGUGGCUGUGGGUCGCCGGCUGCGGGCUGCUGUUCCUCGGGCUCGUCCUGCUGCUCGGCCCCCGCAGCUGCCGAGCGCGGCGGACCCUCCGUGGCCUGCUCAUGGCGCGCAGCAGGCGGCUGCUGUUCCGAAUCGGGUACAGCCUGUAUACCCGCACGUGGCUCGGGUACCUCUUCUACCGCCAGCAGCUGCGCAGGGCCCGGAAUCGCUACCCCAAAGGCCACUCCAGAACCCAGCCCCGCCUCUUCAACGGAGUGAAGGUGCUUCCCAUCCCCGUGCUCUCGGACAACUACAGCUACCUCAUCAUCGACAUCCAGGCCCGGCUGGCUGUGGCUGUGGACCCUUCAGAUCCUCAGGCUGUACAGGCUUCCAUUGAGAAGGAAGGCGUUGCCUUGGUGGCCAUUCUCUGCACCCAUAAGCACUGGGACCACAGUGGAGGGAACCGUGACCUCAGCCGGCGGCACCAGGACUGUCGGGUGUACGGGAGCCCUGAGGACGGCAUCCCCUACCUCACCCACCCCCUGUGUCAUCAAGAUGUGGUCAGUGUGGGGCGGCUUCAGAUCCGGGCCCUGGCCACCCCUGGCCACACGCAAGGCCAUCUGGUCUACCUGCUGGAUGGGGAGCCCUACAAGGGCCCCUCCUGCCUCUUCUCAGGGGACCUGCUCUUCCUCUCUGGCUGUGGACGGACCUUUGAGGGCACCGCAGAGACCAUGCUGAGCUCGCUGGACACUGUGCUGGGGCUUGGGGAUGACACUCUGCUGUGGCCUGGUCACGAGUAUGCGGAGGAGAACCUGGGCUUUGCAGGCGUGGUGGAGCCCGAGAACCUGGCCCGGGAGAGGAAGAUGCAGUGGGUACAGAGGCAGCGGAUGGAGCGCAAGAGCACGUGCCCGUCCACCCUGGGAGAGGAGCGCUCCUACAACCCGUUCCUGAGGACCCACUGCCUGGUGCUGCAGGAGGCUCUGGGGCCAGGCCCGGACCCCGCUGGGGAUGACGGCUACUCCCGGGCCCAGCUCCUGGAGAAGCUCCGCCGGCUGAAGGACGUGCACAAGAGCAAGUGACACCCCCCCACCCCACCCCACCCCAGCCCACCUCCCAUGGUGGAGAGACCGCCCGUCGCCCACACCACCGCACCCCCUCACUGUUACUACCACCACCUCCAUCGGCGCCCACGGUGGGCAUCAUUCCCCGACACUGGUCACGGGGAGAGGAGGGACAAGGCGACGAGCGAGCACGUGACACCAGGAGGAGGGGAGCUGGUCGAAGACUGGAGACUCCGUGGGGUGAAGCUGAGUUAUACAGGGCGCGAAGAAAGGAGGGGCCUUGGGACAUCUCCAGACCUGACUAGGAGGGCCCCCUCCUCCCCUCCCCUGCUCCUGCGAUGGCAGUGAGGACCCUGAGGCUGUUCUUAGCCCCUCCCUCAGGAGGCCUCACUCUCUCUGUAGCCCCUGGACCCAGGGCAGCAGGAGCCAUGGCCAGGUUGAGUCCAUCUUCCCCUCUCUUCCCCCUCCCCCCCGGGGCUGGGAAACUCAGUCCCCCAAAGUGGCCUACGGUGUGGAGACUUGGCAAGUGAUGGCUCAGAGGGGCCCCUGGGCUCUGGUUUACUGAGACGCUGCCCCUCCUCUCCGCCGGGCCCCGCCCCCACAAAGGCGUUUGAUGAAAGAGCUGGAGGCUGGCUGGCUGGCUGGCUCUGCCCUUACGACUCUCCUGCAGCCUGGAAGAGGGAGGGUCCUGGUUGCCAUGGAAACCUUGGCCUAAGGCUGAGGAGACCCAGAGGCUGGGACUGCAGCCCCACAGGCUCCUAGGUCCAACAUGCUCCCUGCACAGCUGGCCUGGUCCUGCCAGCCGGCCUCUGCCCCUGCCCCUGCCCCUGCCCAGGGCCAAAAGGGCCCCUCCUUCCUAGGGGAGAGCGCCAGCAUCCGCCACAGCUUACCUCAUCAUGGCCACUAUUCUUAGGAACUUCUGCCUUUCUCUAACUUCUGCUUUAUCCUCACCCCUUUUCCUCUUUUAGUUACAGACUCAUUCAUCUGCCCCUUUGCAGUUUGCUAAGAACAUUCCCGCGUCCUUUCUCAUUUGAUCUUUGGCCCCAUCCUGGCUGGGGGAGGGGUCCACGCUGCAGAUGCAGAAAUCGGAAGUCCGGGAGCCAAGAGCCCUGGAGUGGGUGGCAGCUUCUCGGACCCCCGGCCGGGGCCCUUCCCCUCGCUCAGUCCUCCCUCAGCUCCGCUUCUCCUCUGGUCUUGGGUCCAAUCCCUCUGGAGCCACAGUGAGGACCCCUGUGGUCCUCGAGCAGGCGUCCCUCAGGUCAGCCAGGAGCCUGCCCUUCCUGCGUCCAAGCCUUCCCUCGGGUUCUGCUCACCUCUGGUGAGCCUCCCAGUGCCCGCUGCCCUCAGUUUCCCCUCGUCAUCCGGCCUCUGCCUCCCUCUCCAGUCACAGCCUCUGGUACCAACUCUAGCAAUACCGCCAGAGCAGAGUCCCGUCCCCAGACACGCGGUUUCCUGCCUCUGUGCCUUCGCUCAUGCCGUCUUUUCCGACUGGAAUGCCUGUCCCCUGCACCUGCUGCCUUGUCUGCCUGGCCAACACCUAUUCAUCUCUCACAGUCCCCCUCAAAGGCCCCCUCCUCCAGGAAGACCACCCCCCGCCCCUCCCUCUCCAGGCUACCUCUGCUCUUUGUAAUUGCUUCUCCUGUGGCACUUCUUACCUGUUUACAUGUUCGUCUCCCCUUCUAGACUGUGAACCCUUCAGGGCAUGGACUGUAUCUUAUGCAUCUCUAUUUUUGCGCCUAGCACGGUGCCUGGCACACAGUAGGCGCCCAAUAAAUGAUGAAUGAAUGAAUGAUUUAA